GAUUUGACGCAGAUAUCGCAGUUUCCAGUUCGGAUGCGCUCACGAGACACGAUGAUUUGUCGCGCUGAGGGCGGGAAUGCAUCCCAUCGUUGCUAAUAGUCCAGUCUCACCUUUGUGUCGACACCAGCAUUGACAUGGGUGCCGAGCUGUCAUACUGGCGUUCACCCACCACGCGAACGCGCUGUUGGGGAUGACGCUUUUCUCGUUUGGUCAAAGGGGCCUGUCUGUGACGGUCAGUCUGGGGAUUUGUAGACCAAGUCAUGCGAUGGUCAAAGACAUUCAAAACUGCCCGCGUCGUCGCGACCACCAACCUCCUCCAAGUCUACGCAGGUACAGUAGUAGUACGGCCCUUGAGGAAAAUCUUUUCCUCUGCCACUCUUUUACAAAAAUUCCUCGUCUCUCAUUUACGGUGUCUUGGGCAGACAUCUCUUAAAAAAGCAACCUGACCAUUCCUUUCUCUUUCAAAGCAUUCUUACAUUUUUAGUACUUUUCGAGUCAAGUGAGAGUCAGUCCAAGAUGCGGAUCUCGAGGGUGUCGGGCCUAAUACUGGCUCUGGGAUUGAGCGCAAAUGUUUCCGCAGAGAACUGGAACGAACCCGCCGCCGUUAAUCCUAUCAAUCGACGAGCCACUGAGACUUUUCACGUCGAAAGGAUCUCUCCUGCGACGGCUACAGUCACACAAACAGAAACCACAACUGUGUGGAAGGAGACGACCAAGACCGUAUACCAUUCGACCGUCUUCGUUGGCCCUGGCUUCUGCGCCACAACCACAGUAACGGUCGAUGGCUCCGGCCGACCAUUCCCUCCUAUUGUUUUUGCUCCGACACAGACGGCAGCUUCGCCGACAGGAUCAUAUGCCGUUGACCCUAUAGGCACGGUGACGGAUGCGCCUCAAGCGUCCUCUAUCGUUGUCGAUCCUGCGAACACCAAUGGGGAUUCUCUGGGCCCAAUUACGCGUACACACACAAGCAUCGUCGAGAGCACUAUUGGAACUGAUGGCGAUGUCUUCACCUGGACGGGAGAAGCGCCGUCAUCUACCGCUACGAAGCCAGCACCGACCUAUACAAACUUUCCCAACGGCUCCUUCCCAGAACCUGGCUCGCCAGCUUCCAAUGUUUCCGCGCCCAACGGUCCCAUAACGGGGGGUUCUCAGUGCAACUCCGCGGCCGACCGAAGCAUAUGGUGCAACGGUUUGAGCAUCAACGACGACACCUCAACCAAGGACGUUUCAACCGGCAAUACGUGCUCUUAUGAAUUCACCAUCACAAAUACCACCAUGGACUUUGACGGCAGUGGACCAAAAAUGGCAUUCGCGAUCAACGGUCAAGUUCCCGGUCCUCUGAUCGAAUGUAACUGGGGCGACCUCCUCGUGGUGACAGUUCACAAUCAACUCACCGCCAACUCGACGUCUAUACACUGGCACGGUCUCUGGCAACGCGGCACCAAUGACCAAGAUGGUGUUCCGGGCAUCACCGAGUGUGGCAUGGCUCCUGGCACUUCGCGAACGUACACCAUGCAACUCAGGCAAUAUGGCACCGGCUGGUACCACGCUCACACAAUGACUCAAUACGCUGACGGUGUUCGAGGUCCCAUGGUCAUCCACGGCCCUGCAACGUCCAACUAUGACAUUGACAUGGGUACCGUCAUGAUUGACGAUACGUUCCUGGACACCGCAGCUCAACAAAACGAACUGAUCAGUCACGUCGGACCGUCCGGAACGCAAAAUUACCUCCUCAACGGUAAAAACACCAUGCCUGACCUAUCUGCCGGCCAACACGCGCUCUGGAAAGUCCAAUCCGGCAAGAAGCAUCUCUUCCGACUCAUCAACUCGGCCGCGCAAAACAUGUGGUCGGUACACUUGGACGAUCACAAAAUGACCGUCAUGGCCAUCGACUACGUCCCCAUCGUCCCCUACGAGACCGAGUGGCUCAACAUCGGUAUCGGCCAACGGUAUGAUGUCGUGGUGGAAAUGAAUCAACCCGCGGCGGGCUACUUUUUCCGCGCCGUCACUCAGACAGGAUGCCCCAGUAGUUCCGUCAAUACCGGGCUCGGAGCCGCCAAUGGUAUCAUCUUGUACGACGACGUCGACCCUAUCUUACCCACGUCCACGUACGGCGACAAGACGGGCGCAGACUUUGCCACCUGUCUCGACGAGCCCAUUGCGUCUUUGGUUCCAUUUGUCAAGAAAUCGGCGGGGUCCUCCAGCGCCUUUGCGGCCACCGUGUCGACCUUGCCGGCCGGUAACGUAGCACGGAUCGCUUCGAGUCAAGGAGGCAACGUUUUCAGAUGGUACAUUAACAGCAACGCCAUCAACGUGAAUUACACACAACCCACGCUCGAGACGCUAUAUGAGUAUGGUAUUGGCAGCGGCAACAACGGUAGUGCCCCCAUCGCCAAUGGCACCGACACCACCAACGGCACGACGACGACGAAUGGGACCUCAACAGCGGUCGACCCAUCCCAGUUGAUCUCCAAUUCCAUCACUCUGACGGCCCAAAACCAAUGGGUUUACUUUGUCAUCCAAAACCAAUUUUUUGCAGCCCACCCGAUGCACUUGCACGGCCACGACUUUUCGAUCUUGGGCCAGGGUUCGACAACCUGGACGUCGGAUUUGGUCUCGACUUUGAACUUUGAAAACCCUCCUCGUCGAGACACAGCCAUGCUGAUCGGGUCUGAAGGACCCAAUAAGGCUUCGGGUUACACCGUCAUUGGGUUUGAGACCGACAAUCCGGGAGCAUGGCUCAUGCACUGUCACAUCGUGUGGCACGUCGACGGAGGUUUGGCCCUGCAGUGGAUCGAGAGACCGGCCGAGAUCAAACCUUACGCCGCGUCCGACCAGUUCCAGAGCGAGUGCGACAGUUUGAGUGACUGGCAACGGUCGAAUCCUCUUGGGAUUCCCGCGUCGUGGCAGUCAGGUCUGAGGAGGAAGAGGAGGGCCGUCUUUGACGUGGUUCGCCGCGGCAACAGCCUCUCUGAAUCCUCGGGGCCUGGUCUGUUACCGUCCAACUUUAGACGGAGAAUAGGUGACGGAUUCAGACAUCGACAUGGCCAUCUUUGAUCUCUUACCAUAUUUAUUUGUUGUGCGGGUUUGGGGGGCUUUUCCGCAAAGGGGAUGUUUAUUGGGCGGCACGCAGCAUCCUGCCAGAUUUUUUUGUCUUAUGUGAGCGUAUAAUUUUUUUCUUGAUUUCAUUGUAUCAGUACCGAGUACUUAGGGGAGUGUGUACGGUCUCAGGACUUUACGGUUUAUGGGUCAUGGGUAGGAAAGAGGAAGAAGAAAAUGAGAACGAGUACGAACAUGAACAUGAAACAACAAUAUCAGAUUUCAGUUAAACAGGUAACCAUCUAUCAACCAUCAUCCAUGUUUUA